CUCCCAGAUGCUAACAAAAUCGUGUAAGAUCCUUAUAUAUACCUAAUCCUUGGCAUAGAAAAUAUAGUAUGCACUAAUGAUUAAGGAACAGACUCUGCACGCAGAUAAAAAAUCAUUAUCCGACGAGAUCCCAUGAUCCCUACACCAAACAUUGGAAAUCCAAGUCAGAAAUAUUAGGCGAGCAAAUCCAAGGACAGCAUCCUAUCAUGCAACCUGGUAGUUGGUCUCACCGGUUUCCGGCGUUACCAGGUAGGGGCAUAUCGCAACUCGAUUACUCGUUCGUUGCAGUCCGUGUGUAUCCGAAAAGAAGAAAAAGAGGGCGUAGUAGUGGGCUGGCUGAAGCGCAACACAUAGUAGUGGACACUAUUCCGUUUUCUCUGGUGAAAAAAAACUUGCUAACAUCGAUAGUUGCAGUGAGGCUUGCUCCUUCUUAUUCUCAUUGGAGAUCGUGGGUAUAAGAUACUAGUCUUGCGUAUGACAAAGUCGUCGGAAGCCACACCGUACGCAUACAUGAUAUGACAGCCAUGUCGCAAAAUGCGAUCAAGAGGGGUAAGAGGGGAGUUAAAUCGGGAUUGGCUCCGCUGUUUAUAUCAAUCGACAAGUCUUGAAGAUAUAGCUCGGAUUUUUCUAAAUUGUUUCUACCCAGAACACAUAAGGCUUUUAACUCUAGAUUCAAACCAAGAUGGACAUCACUGGGAAUGCUUUCGUUACUGGUGGAGCAAGUGGAAUCGGCAAGGCUUGCUGUAUUGCAUUUGCCAAAGAGGGCGCACUUGGUGUCCUAGUGGCGGACAUAAACUUAGAUGCCGCCCAGAAGACAGCCGCCGACAUCACUGCUUUGGCUUCGAACCCCGACUUCCGUGCAGUGGCAGUUCAUGUUGAUGUUACCUUAGAGGAAUCAGUCAGGAACGCCAUCAAGUACGCGGUUCAAUACUUCGGGCGUAUUGACUACAGUGUACAUUGCGCUGGUAUUGCCAUGUUAUCAUACCAUCCAACUUCUAAUGCCAAAUUCGAUGAAUUCAAACGCCUUCUUGAGAUUCAUGUCCACGGGACAUUCUUGGUCACCAGCAUGAUUUUAUCAGUGAUGAAAUCUCAAGAACCUAAGCCAGUCUCUGCCUCCAGUCCCGAUAGGGGCGUCAGCCGAGGUGUGAUCGUCAGCCUAGGCUCUGUCUGCUCAUUCCUCACUGUUCCAAACAUUAUGCAGUAUACCACAGCAAAGCACGCCGUGCUAGGUAUCAUAAAGUCUGCUGCUCUCGAAAAUCUUUCCCUUGGCAUUCGAGCCAACUGUGUCUGCCCCACAUUCACAGACACGCCUAUGCUAAAGCAAGUAGGGCAGGCAAUUCCCGGAAUCGACGAGGCUGCUCCGAUGAGUAUACCAAUGGGUCGCCUCGCUCGGCCCGAGGAAGUGUCUGAUGCGGUUCUAUUCCUCUGUAGCCCAAGAUCAAGCUUUAUAACGGGUAUAACUUUACCAAUUGACGGAGGCCAGUCCCUGGGGAACUUGCUUCCUCCUCAGAACGACAUAUAAGGGAUUUCGUAUCUAUCAACAAGCAGACAACGGCUAAUAGUAUAAUGUUUAUUAGGAUGGCCGGUGUAAUAAGGGUACAAUGCGCAUCUAUUGGUCACACACCAGCUUUAAACACUUUUUACAUGAGACUCUUGGGGCGGGGAGAAGGACUAAAUGGACACUUCCGGAUCGAUGUCCCAAAUUUAUAUAAUUGUUAAUGACCCAGUCACUAAAGAAACGAAUUCACGGCCCGAUCUAAAAAGACUUAUGACGAAAUUCAUGCUCUAAGACACGGCUCGGCCAAAGACGAAUUAGCCCUCUUUCUACAUACUGAACUUCAGACAAACCGUAAUAGGUGCCAUCAGUAUUUCUAGAAGGCGUUUUGUCUAAGAACGUCUCAGCUGACGGUCCUCAUUCCCUCAGCCUACACCGAUAUUGUUCAAUAUAAACGCCACCAGAUCUAGUGGCCGAACUAGCUUCCCGUGCUGCAUACUCCGGUCGAAUAGAUAGACUUAAUUGGACGAUAUAGUGGGAUUAUAGAUGGACGCUGAUCGAUAUGGCUAUCUUCGAUCGCUCUGGUAAAAGGUAGUAUUAUCCACGGACCAAAGGGUAUGUCAUAAAUAGGCGGGGGCAGUAUAACUCAAUUAUAUUAAUCAUUAAGGCAUGAAUAUUUUAG